ACUUCAGCUAUAAACAUACUCUUGUCUAGAGAUCUGUCGUGUAUGCCGAUAUUAGAAACAGCCUCUUCUUCAUUGGUUUGCCUAUACCGUUGUCUCUCUACACUCCCCUUUAAAAAUUGCCACCCCUUUAACUGGUGUGUAGUUGUACUAACGGAAUUGUGGGAGGUUUUGGUUUGUGUUUGCCUGCCGCCCUCAUGAUGGUUGCCAGUCUGCAGUGGCUUCGUCGGAGACAGCGAAAGAGCAGACAGGCUGCCUGUCCCACCCUCACCAACAGAGCUACGGGCAAACUAAAAAAACAUCUCAGGUAGAAGCCGCGGCGAAACCACUAUCUUCUCAAUGUCUUCAUCAAAGCCGUAUAGCCUGUACAGCAACUUGACAAAGAGUGGAAACCCGGGCAGCAGCGGCAGAAACAUGAAGGAUUACUCCAUCAACCUGUCGGUGCAGCAAGUCCUCAGCUUGUGGGUCCACGGGACCGUCCUCCAGCACUUCACAGAGAUGUGGUACUGGGUUUUCCUGUGGGCUCUCUUCUCCUCGCUGUUCGUCCACGGGGCAGUCGGGCUUCUCAUGCUCGUCAUGCUGCAGAGACACAAGCAAGGGAGGCUCAUCAGCUUCAUUCUGGUCAGCGUUGGAUUCCUGACCUCUGUCACCGGGGGAAUGAUAACCAGUGCAGCAGUGGCGGGGGUGUACCGGGUUGCAGGCAAGAACAUGGCCCCCUUAGAAGCCUUGGUGUUUGGGGUGGGACAGACCGUGCUCUCUAUCAUCAUCUCAAUCUCAAGGAUUCUCGCCACACUUUGAAUAUUGCAGUAUGUGGAGGAUAAAGGCCUUUGAUUUAGAACUAGCAGGAGACAGAAUGGGCCAAUAAUCCACACUGAGUGGCUGCCCGGUCCAGUUAAUUCAGUGCUGCCUGGUGUUCAAGCUGUUGCACUAUUGCACCUUAUGUGCCUCGGUCACUGUUACAGCAUUGUGAAGCCUUGUGACAAAGCACUUUGUACAUUUAACAAUCAGGUUGAUCUUUGCUGACAGAUGGGGACAUUACCUGCUGUAGGUGAUGGGUCUGUAUAUACAGAAUUCAAGAACUGUUCUCCGAGUCUGUAUUAAAUGUGCCAAACGUAACUUUUUAACAUGUAAUAAAAUGAGCAAUCUUAUAAGAAAGCUAAAAUGAAGUGCUAUGAAAUGCCAUUUUUGAUUUAAUUCAAUAUUUUCCCUACUUGUUUGCAUAAGGGGUGUACAACUGGAUUUGAGUAAGUGUGAUGGGUAUGCUUAUUAAUUAUUUUUUUAACCCUGAAAAACUCUUUACUGUGCUGUGGUGUUGUGAAUAUUAACUCUUCCGAGGCAUAUAGAUUACCGGUUAAAACAGAGAUCUCUUGUUGCCAUAUAUAGAAGAUGAAGUAACUUGAAGCAUAUUUUGUUGCACUUCCCAUGGACAAGUUGAAGAACCAUUUUUUUUCCUACUGCUUUUGAAAGGUCAUAAUAUUGAUUUUAUUUUUUCAGUCUACAUUUUGAACAGAUUCUUCUCUAUUUAAGGCUCAAGAUAUAUAUGAUCAAGACUGAAAACACUGAAAUCAAAAAGUUUAUAAACUGAAAAUUCCCAAAGAAGACUUUUUUUUUUCCUCCCAAUUCUGCAUUGUUGGAGCAUAGCAUGUAUUCAACUCUAAAACCAUUGUUAUUGUCCAUUUCUUUGAAUACACAUAAAUCAAACCGGCAUGUUCUGCUUGAAUAGAAUUGACAUCAGGGGCAUUUCUUUAAUCUGUUCUGAUACCAAAGUAAAAUGUCACUAUGCCAUUUAAAGUCUAGCCAGAACCACAACACAAAACCAUAAUGCUAGAAAGUGUUUUUAGAAACGUGGUUGUGGCCAAAAGUAUUGGGGUAUAUUGCUUAAAUUUCGGAAGGGUAAGUGAAAUCUGCAAAGCAGAGUAAUGCUAUAAGCUUGAAACUGCCAGCACAGAGAAAUUACCAUUUGAAGUGCAAGCAAAUGAGAAACUUUAGAACCUUGCAGUGAAAAUGAGUACAUGACAGGAUAGUAUAAUUCAUUUAAUUUAUUAAGGAAAUUCUGAGUGGGAGACCCAUGGAAUCCAGCUGUUGCCCAACAUGUAUUGCAGUCAGUGAGCCCCUUUCCUUGGUGUGUUUUGUACCUGCAGCUCCAAUCGUAGCUUUAAAGAGAGAACCAAAUCUGGCAGAAAUGUUGUGGAAGAGUAGUAAUUUAAUUCAUGGUAUAUUUUGCCAAUUUUUUAUUUUUCUAAAUAUUAUACAAUCAGUUUGCAAAUUUAAAAGUAAUCAGAAAUCAAUAAACAAAUGGUGACUGGAGGAUUACAUUGGCUUUUUUUCUGGGGAAUGUGAAGGAAAUAACUUUUCCAUCUAAAUUAUGUAAUUUGUGAGGCACAGACAAAAUUAAACGUGUGACUACCAAUUUUUAAGGGUGGUAUUUUUUUUUUUUUUUUUUUUUUUUUUUACUUUAU